AUGGACGGCGAGAGCUGGGUACCGCAGCCCUUCUCCCCGGGGCCCCCGGGCAGAGCGGGCUGCGGCAGCGGCGGCGGGGCGGGCAGCAGUAGCGGGGAGAGCCCCGCGGCGGCGGGGGGCGCCGCAGUGCUGAUGCAGCCCGAGGUGCUGGACCUAGAUGAGGACGAGGAUGACCUGGAGGUCUUCAGCAAGGAUGCCUCCCUGACGGACACGAACUCUUUUAGUCCUUUGAUGCCGACAUCCCCUUUAUCCAUGAUAAACCAAUACAAAUUUGAAGAUGAGCCAGACUCGAAGGACCUUUUCAUUACAGUUGAUGAUCCCUAAAGCCACAUUACUACGAUUGAAACUUUCAUCACCUACAGAGUUACAACUAAGACAUCUCGGGGUGAGUUUGAUUCUAGUGAAUUUGAAGUUCGAAGACGUUACCAAGAUUUCCUUUGGUUAAAGGGAAAACUGGAAGAAGCACAUCCCACCCUCAUUAUUCCUCCUUUGCCAGAAAAAUUCAUAAUGAAAGGCAUGGUGGAACGGUUUAAUGAUGACUUCAUUGAGACUCGAAGAAAGGCACUGCAUAAAUUCUUAAAUCGAAUUGCUGAUCACCCAACUUUAACUUUUAAUGAAGACUUCAAAGUGUUUCUUACUGCACAAGCCUGGGAACUCUCUUCACACAAGAAACAAGGUCCUGGAUUGCUUAGCAGGAUGGGGCAGACAGUCAGAGCUGUAACAUCCUCAGUGAGAGGAGUUAAAAACCGUCCAGAGGAGUUCACUGAAAUGAAUGAUUAUAUGGGAACAUUUAGCCAGGAGAUAAACUUAAUAGACAAAAUAUCUCAUAGAAUUUACAAGGAAGAAAAGGAAUAUUUUGAGGAAAUGAAGGAAUAUGGACCAAUCUACACCUGGUGGUCAGCAUCGGAAGAGGAUCUGGUUGACUCCUUGAAAGGUGUGGCCAGCUGCAUUGACAAGUGUUGUAAGGCCACUGAAAGACGGAUAUUUGACCUUUCUGAGAUGAUGCUUCCAGUUGUACACGAAUAUGUUCUUUAUAGUGAAAUAUUAAUGGGAGUUAUGAAAAGAAGAGACCAAAUUCAAGCAGAACUGGAUUCCAGAGUUGAAGCUUUGACCUACAAAAAGGCUGAAAAGGAGGUGCUUACGGAAGAGAUUGGAAAACUAGAAGAUAAGGUGGAAUGUGCUAACAAUGCUCUGAAAGCUGACUGGGACAGAUGUAAACAAAACAUGCAAAAUGAUAUCAAGUUGGCAUUUACAGAUAUGGCUGAGAAAAAUAUCAGCUACUAUGAACAAUGCCUUGCCACAUGGGAGUCCUUCCUUACAACUCAAACUGACCUUCAUCUGGAGGAAAUAUCUGAAGAUAAGCCUUGAGCAUACCUAAGGACCUUUUGCCUAACCUUUGAUGAUAUAGUGCCUACCAACCAAAGACA